UUUGCGCUCCUUAUGAGACCGGAAGUAUAACUGUGGUGUAGCCUGAGUGUGUGCCCUUGGUGAAGAGAAAGAUGGCUCCUGCCGUACUGAGGUUGCUGAAAUUUACUACAAAAACAUGUAUAGCAGGAGGAGCAGUAUAUGUGGCCUAUGACCAGGGGCUGCUGGGCAGUGGCACACAGGGAGAGGAAGUCUUAAAGAAGAUGGUUGCUGCUGUGCCCCCUGCUUUAAAUGAAUGGGCAGACUACUUUGGCUGGCAGCUGCCCUCUCCACCAAAACUUGACUUCUCUAUUUGCGAGUCCUGGAAUUGGGGAGUCCAGAAGUCUGUAUCAGCUCUCUCAUCUGCUCCAGGCAAGGCUUGUGAAUACACAGCAGAAGGCUGGAAAUAUAUGAAGGACUUGGCAAAGUAAAUGGUCAUUGUAUUGGUGCUAAAUAAAAAUCUUUAUUUAUAUACCA